AUGGGCAAUCCAUUUGAAGGAUGGCCGGUACACGAUAUCGUUUACACGGUAAUCGUCGGCCUGGUCAUGCUGGCUGCCGUCCUGGAGUGGUUCCUCUGGGUGGCAGCCUUCAUGUAUUGUCUUGUCAAGGUGUUCAUCAAGGCGGAACAUUGGACAAUUCGAGCUCUCGCCGUUGUGGUUGCCAUCCUUUUCGUCGGAUUCAGAGCGGUCUUCCUUCCAAUCAUGGUCGUAACGCUGCCCUUACCAAGCGCUAUCGUGAAACUCUGGCCGGAAGACAUGGUCGUGGGACUACAGUGGUUUGCCUUUUGGGCGUUCGCCGGUCUCCUGACGAUCCCAUGGCUUUUCUGUGUCUACCAUUUCGUCACCAACCAACUCGGCCGAGAGAAGCGUGUUAAGCAGGUCCUGGAUGAGGUGUCGGCCCCAAAGGUCGUCAUCGUCAUGCCUUGCUACAAGGAAGACCCCGAGGUUUUGCUCGUAGCCAUGAACUCGAUCGUCGACUGCGACUACCCACCAUCUUGUAUCCAUGUGUUCCUGUCCUUCGACGGAGACCAAGUGGACGAGCUUUAUCUCAACACCAUCGAAACUUUUGGCGUGCCGCUUACCUUGGACUCGUACCCUAAGAGUAUCGACGUCACUUAUAAGGCUGCCCGUAUCACCAUCUCUCGCUUCCCUCACGGCGGUAAGCGUCACUGCCAAAAGGCAACGUUCAAGCUCAUCGACAAGGUCUACAAGGAGUACCUCGAGCGUAAUGACAAUCUCUUCAUCCUGUUUAUCGAUAGUGACUGUAUUUUGGACCGCGUGUGCCUCCAGAACUUCAUUUAUGACAUGGAGCUGAGCCCUGGAAACUCGAGGGACAUGUUGGCCAUGACCGGAGUCAUCACUUCUACCACGAAAAAGCACAGCCUUAUCACUGUCCUUCAGGAUCUGGAAUACAUCCACGGUCAGCUGUUCGAGCGUACGGUCGAGUCCGGAUGUGGUGCUGUCACCUGUCUUCCCGGCGCUCUCACCAUGCUGCGUUUCUCUGCGUUCAGGAGGAUGGCCAAGUACUACUUUGCCGACAAGGCCGAGCAGUGUGAAGACCUCUUCGACUUUGCCAAGUGCCAUCUGGGCGAGGACCGUUGGUUGACGCACUUGUUCAUGAUUGGCGCCAAGAAGCGAUACCAGAUCCAAAUGUGUACCUCGGCCUUCUGCAAGACCGAAGCCGUGCAGACCAUGCAGUCCCUCGUCAAGCAGCGUCGUCGUUGGUUUUUGGGGUUUAUCACCAACGAGGUUUGCAUGUUGACUGACUGGCGUCUGUGGACGCGUUACCCCCUCCUGGUUUUGAUCCGCUUCAUGCAGAACACCAUCCGUACCACGGCUCUUCUUUUCUUCAUCAUGGUUCUGGCAAUCCUGACCACCUCGAAGCGUGUCAGCGAUCUGCCCGUUGGUUUCAUCGCCAUCUCGCUCGGCCUCAACUGGCUGAUGAUGAUCUACUUUGGUGCCAAGCUCCGCCGCUUCAAGAUCUGGCUGUACCCCAUGAUGUUCGUGCUCAACCCCUUCUUCAACUGGUGGUACAUGGUCUACGGUAUCUUCACGGCCGGUCAGCGCACCUGGGGUGGGCCCCGUGCCGACGCCGCCGCGGCCGACGGAGACACCACCGCCCAGCAGGCCAUCGAGGCGGCCGAGAAGGCCGGUGAUGACCUCAACAUUGUGCCCGAGACCUUCAUCCCGGCGGCGCAGAUCAAGCGCAAGGAGAGCGGCAGGCGGCGUAUCGUCGCCGGUGGCAACCUCCAGCCCUCGGCCAAGAUCGACGGCAUGUUCGCGAUCCCCGAGCGCGGCGCCAACGGUUGGUACCAGCACGACAACAUCUCGCUCUUCACGGUGGCGCACGGCCACACCGGCCGCGUGCCUCUGCACCCUCGCGACUCGUUCGACAGUUUCUUGUCUGCGCAGACGGCCCUGAACUCGGUCUACAUCCCGCGUCGUGUCGAGAGCAUCAUGGGCGACGAGGACCGGCGCAAGUACGAGCUCGCCCAGGCCAGCCAGUUCAACCAGUUCCUCUCCAACCAGCGCGCGGCCAACGGCGACCCACCGCAGGGCCAGGUGUACGAAUACAGCGACGUCGACCUGCAAAAGGGCGGGUACACCGACAACCCGCUGCCGCCCACGCCUGGAGAGACGGCAUCCGCUGUUCCUGCCGCCCUUAACCUGCACCACAAGGUUGGCAGCACUGACAGUCUCGUCAGCCUUGGGUCCUCGGCGUCCAACAGCAACCAACGGGACCGCGGGAGACAGCGUACCCUGAUGCCACCAACCUCCUCACAGGCCCGGACCGGUAGGAGUCCGCUCGGCCGGGCGAGCUUCCUGCGCACGUCGACGAUCGAGGAUAUCGAGCUGGAGAUUGGCACGAGCCACGGAAGCAGUGCAAACAGACCCCCACUGAGCAGGCAAGCGUCGAAUAACGACACCAACAACAGCAACGGCGGCGGCCAUCAGCAGCGGUAG